UUUUUGCCCUCUAAGUGAGACUAACGAACACUUUGGGAAAAAGGAAGGAAAGAAGACGAACACCGACCGAUCGACCACCCAACCAACCGACCAACCGGCCAUCCACUUUGGCAGCCGAGCCACGGUGGCUGGUUGAUGGAACCCAUCCUCCUACUUUUCCUACUUCCUGCCAGUUUUGGGUACAGAGAGAGAGCCCCCUUCGGAUUUUUUUUGCUCCGUGAUUAGAUUUCUUGGUCGUCUUCACGAGGAAGCCAAUUGAAGACGAGCGACAAAACCUGGCUCACUCAAUAGCAGCCUUGUUGAACCCCAUUGAAGAACACAUUGGGAACAAGCCUAAUUACGGGGUUCAUCAAUCCCGAACCCCCACCUCUUCCACCAUGGCCUCAUCACCUCAGAUGAUGCUGAUUGAGUCCACGGAAGAGGGCGCCACGUCGUCCACGUUGGAACACUACAGCCUCCGGUGGAACGAUUACCCCCAAACCGUGGUGGCCACGUUCCGCAAUCUCAAGGAAGAGGAGGACUUUGUGGACGUGACCUUGGCCUGCAACUCGAAACAAUUUACAGCUCAUAAGGUGGUGCUCUCGGCUUGUAGUCCGUAUUUCCGACAACUGCUGAAGACCAAUCCGUGCCAGCAUCCCAUCAUUAUCCUGCGAGACAUCGAAGAAGAAGACCUCAAGAGCCUUUUAAAGUUCAUGUACAACGGCGAAGUCAGGAUCCCGGAAGACAGGAUGAAGGACUUCCUUCGCACUGCCGAGACGCUACAAAUUAGAGGGCUUACCGAUGGAGGUGUGACCCGAGAACCAUGUGCCAAAAAUCCCAAUAGUUCAAGAGUUCAAGCGGACAUGAACGGUGCGCCAAUGUCACCCGAUCAUUUUGGACCUUCUGCUGCCAAACGUCAUCGGUUCAAUGGUCCAGAUUCCAGGAACUCUCCCUCCUCCUCACCAAAGAGUCUGGGAGAUUGGGGCCGGCGGAGCCUGGAACCUAAGAGUGAAGAGCCUGAACUGGACAACAAUAACUCGACUCCCAAGACCGAGUCACUCCUUAGUCAGGCAUUGGAGAAGCAUUCUGGGGUCUCGUCCAUGUACGACCGGAGCUUUCGGGAUAAUGGAGAUGGAAGGGAUGGAGACAGUGCAAGCGAUACAACCUCAGACCGUCCCGAGAGCCUUAUGGAUGGGCUGAUCAAGUCUUCAGUGGCUGAAAGUGAACUUCAUAGGCAACUGUCAGCCGGCUCACCCGCCUCAAUGGGCAACCCUCUAUUUCCACCGGGUUUGGAGGCCUUAUACAGACAAGCAGGCUUCCCUUCGGCAUUUUUGGGCCUUGCAGCAAGUGCUUCAGUCAGCGGUGCAGGCUCCCCCAGUGGGCCGGUAACUUCCAUUCCUGGUAUGCCCAGCUCAGCCCCUCAAGUCGGUCUCCAGAGUCAUGCGGGUAAUCCAAAUUUGGCCGGGAAGUUAGAUAUGAUGCGAGUCCGUGCCACAGAUCCCAGACCGUGUCCCAAGUGUGGAAAGAUCUAUCGAUCUGCUCACACAUUGAGGACUCAUAUGGAGGACAAGCACACGAUUUGCCCCGGUUACCGAUGCGCCCUUUGUGGUACUGUGGCCAAGUCUAGGAACUCCCUACAUUCCCACAUGUCCCGUCAGCACCGAGGUAUUUCCACGAAGGAUCUGCCCGUACUUCCCAUGCCAUCGCCCUUCGACCCAGCCCUUGCCUCUCGGCUAUUGGCUAAGGCCGGAGUCAAGGUAUCCCCUAGAGACCUGGCCGCCAGGGCCUCCCCUACUGCUCCUCGUCGAAGUGAUCUCCCAAAGCUGGAUUCCAACCUUUUGCAGAUGCAGUCACACCAUUUCCCACUCCCACCCUCGCUCCCCACCUCGGGUGGCAUGGGUCGUGGGAGCCAUGAUGGAAACCGGGAUGGUGUCCAUGAAAUCGAGGAUCUUCGCGUCUCGUCUGCCUCUUCGCCGUUUGGCAGUAAUGGUGGCCCUGGCUAUUCCCAUGCCCAUCACAUGAGGAUGAGCCAAGGUAUGCUGAACCCCAAGGACUUUGCCGCUUUGGCUGCUGCUGGAGGGGCCCAACCCGCAGGUGGUAUGGGUAGUGCGCUUCUCGACACUUACCUGUCCAUGAUUGCGGCGGCCGGGGGAGAAAGCAACCCCAUGGCGGCUGCUCUCAAUUUUCAGAAUCCUGCAAGCCGAGCAGCGGCCUUUGCCGCUGCCGCUGCCGCAGCCUCUGGCAACCAAUCUCACAAUGGUGAGGGUAAGGAUUUAGACCGGAGAUCAGCUAGUGAAGACCGAGAUGACAUGGCAGGCGAGUUGGGGUCUGACGCUGACAAUGACGAUCUGUCGGAUAACGAUGACGGGGCCAAUGACUCUGCCGCCUCCGGGCGUCGCUCUCCUAAUGAGAGCAGUAUGGACCGUGACGAAGCCACCGCUUCCAGUGGGCCCACUUCCACGUCUCAGAACAACCACGCCACAACUGCGGCCUCGAACUAAUACGUUUUAUUAUUGGAGAGGAAUUUUUUGAUGGAGAUCCGGAUGACAUAGUUAAGUAAUCUGGAGAGAAAAUCGGAGAAAGAAACAACCAAAACAAUGACAGUUUGGAGAUUGACCCCCCGCCCCCGCCCCACCGGCCCUUCAUCCAAAAUCCAGUAUACCCUUGAAACCAGUUGUCCCUCGUCCCUUCUAAGCAAACCAAUGAAUAAGGAACUUGUAACUCGAGAGCAAUAAGCUGAUCCCUUCCACGUACUCGUAAAUAUCAGGCCUUGAACCACCGAUUGCACAUGUUCUUCGGAUUGGCCGUCUCUAAAGAUGAUGAUACCACUGCUGUGCCAUGAUUUUUGAUUGGAAUUUGGAAACGUUUUUUCUAUAUUUGAUAGGGCCCGACUGACCUUUUCAGUGGCACUUCUACUUACUUACAUGAUAAUAACCACCUUCUCAAUUGAAGAGACCGACGACGAUCUGUGAGCCUCAAAGGAACCACCCUCUCAAAAAAGGUGACGCAGCAAAGCUGUUCACACGUAACCAUUUCUACCAUCCAACCACUCCAAGAGCGAGGUCCAUGACCUCCCAAAAAAAGCAAAGAAAUUUGAUCGACCCAUGGUUUUGCCUUAAGCAUCUUUAUUUGUUACUAUGCUGUUACAGAAAAUUGAUCAUGAAACUGUCACACUUACCUAUUUCCACUUUCUGAGUUCCAACCAUUUGAUCUUCUAACAUUUCCAAAACUACCACCAUCAACAUACCCACGUUCUCAAAACUGGUGUCCCUCAUGCUGAGGCAAAUAUUUUGAGCGAUCCUCCAAGUAGUAUGUUCCCCAACCCCGGUGAUAACCAGACUCAUGACAGACUCCAUUCGGAGGAUUUGGACUAUUAUCAACAAUAUCAUCCUUAUCUUUAUCAUGGUGAUAGCCUCCUCAAUGUCGUUGUGGAAUAGUUUGUUCCCAGCCAGCUUCCAAGAGUAUCGUGUCCAAAGCCACGCACACACACGCCCUAUUCGCUUUUGGUCGCCCUCCAAACCGGUGACAUCAUUAUGAAUAACACCCUCGAAUCCCCACAGCCCUUUGUUCCGAGUAAAACAGCCAUUUGGUUCCACUUGUGAACCAGAGUUGUUGUAAAUAAUCUCGUCUUUGAAAGAUUUUACCGUGUUCUUGCAAGUUUUAUUACAAACCCGCGUUACCUACCAUCCAAAAUUUUGAAAUAAAUAUGACAUGUGACGGCGUCUCCCUUGGAUGAAUUGUUCCACUGAAAAUAUCGUUACCAAGACAAACCCACCCUUCCUCCCCUUAUCACUCUCGCCCCUCAUUUUCUACCUCAGUUCAUCAAAAACAGUCGUGUAUAAACUCUAGUGCCAUGAAGCGUGUUUCUUUUGGAAAAUGCAAUUAGUUAACUUGAAAAAUCAAACAAACCCUUUUCUAUUUAUGGACCAUCUGAGCGCCUGUUUUCUUUAGUUCUCUACCUCAAUGAGCGAGGUCCAAAGUUGGCGAUCUAGUGAACCCCCUUCUGAUCCCAGCUUUCCCCCUCUUUCCCUUGUUUCCAUCUUGAAAUGAAGAACAAGUCGGUGGUAGUGAAAGACUGAUUUCCAAGUUCCAUGUUUGUCAUUUCGCAUUUGUCGAGCCCACCUUGCAUUGCAUUGAUCACCCACGUGAUCCAACUCGCCCCAACAAAACGGCUCAUCUCUCUAGUUUUGAUACCCACCCAACAACCACCACCCGUUUCUUAGUCUCAGAAACCCGAACAACAUAUAUAUAUCAAUCCAACCCCUUAAGCCCUUCAACUGAUUAUCAUGCUUCAAAUAACCAAAUUAAUAACGGUUCAUAUCAGCAUCCUGAUUCUUGAGCACACACACAUAAACACAUCACAUUUUCUGAUCCAAGUUCCCACCCCCUCCACCCCUCACCCCACUUGGCCCCUCAAAAACCCCGUUUUUAGCUGAAACUGAAACUUAUCGUGCCAAAAAUCCCCAGAUUGCGAAACACAUGUGUUACAACAUACAAUAGUGUUGAAAAGACGAGGAUUACCAAGUUACUAGAUCCCCAGGUUCUAUUUGUAAAAUUCUUACCAAUUCCUCCAAACCAGGAGGAGGUUGUAGUUGUUGUAGUCGACUCCUCGCACUGUGAAAAAUUCAUAUUUCUGUCGCUCUUUCCGAGUGGCGAACAAUAUUCAUAAUCAUAGAAGACGAAGACGGUAUAGAAAGAGAAUGAAACCAACGACCAGCAAUAAAUGGAGAACCAGAAGAGCAACAACAGCAGCAGCAACAGCAACAACACCAUCACAACCACAAUAAUAUUAAUAACAAUAACCACUGUAAAAAUAAGAGUCCUUCACCAACACACCUAGAACAAAAUGGCAAUAAAUUGUGGCCUUUCUAUCAAGAAAA